AUGUCAGCUAUCAAGUGCACUCUCUACCACAACCCCUACUCGGUUUGUUCCAUUAUGGUGCGGUAUACUUUGGCACUGAGGAACCCCGCAAAAGACAAUGUCCCCGCUCUGGAGGUUGAAGAAAAGUCCGUCGAUAUAUUCAACCAAGAACAGCUGUCAGAGAAUUUUCUUAAAACCAACCCAUAUGGUCAGGUGCCCGUUCUAUUGUCGAGUCUUCAAAGCCCCAUCUGUGACAGCCUCGACAUUACGCACUUCAUAGCAAAUUACUCCAAGAGCCUGAUUCCGGAAAACCACAAGGCAGAAAUUAUAGAAUUGCUUGCUGAACUCCAUAAUUUGAAUUACUUUUCGCUGUCCUUCCCCGGACGCCAGCAAAUGGCGGUUACCCUCUCAGCCCCUAUUGAGAAAAGACUCCAAGACCCUAAUAUCACAAACGGAUAUCGGAAGGCUUUGGAAUUUAAGCUAGGAGUUGUUAAAAGGAACAAAGUGGACGGCCUCCGACCAGAAGUGACAUCUACAAUGGAGCAUCGUACCCGUGAUCUAAUGCAAAAGAUCGAGCCAUUGCUCGGUGAGGCUCAAGAUUUCGCAAAGGAGCGCUGGCUUUUCAAUUUGCAGCACCCAACAGCGCUAGAUGCGCAUUUGGUGGUCUUUAUUCGGCGGAUGUGUGAUGUAGGCAGGGACGCAUUGAUCCCAGAGACUCUGAGGAGUUAUGCGGAGAGGGCAACACUGACACCUGAAUGGGCUAAAGUGAUGGAAGGUAGAAGAAGUACGAUGGUACCAAAGAACUAG